UAGAAGAGCCCAAGUUUACAGACAUUGUUUUGGACCCCAUUAUCAGGUAGCUACAUAGUGAAAGCCUCUAGUCUACAAAGGCUUUGGGAAACUAGGGGCCAUUAGUUCUGAUGGUCUCCCACAAACACCCUAAAAUGUUUAACCCCCAAGCUUCUUCGUUAGCCCUUUGUCCCAACUCUUUACAGGUCUAUGUAUGUGAUGGACAUAGAAACUGACAUCCUCAUGGAAAUUGACUACAUGGGAAACAGAGUUAGAGAUAUUUUCACGGCACCUCGUCUAGCAUCUCGCCUUGCCCUAUCGUACUACCAAAGUUUAAUAAUGUGGUACGAGGUACCAUCAGCAAUUCACGUCCAGGGACUCGUAAACCAAUCCCUUAGCAUUCUCCAUACACUAUCAGGUGAACAUGUGGUGGGGAUAGAGUACUAUGGUGGAAAGAUGUAUUGGGUCCAAAGGAGCCCUGUCAUAAGCGUGUACUGCAAGAUGUGGAACGAAACAAGCAGUGAAGGGAAGCGGUUAAGAAUGUUCCAGAAUACUGAAGCUGUAAAUGAUAUAGCAGUAGUGAAUGCUUCUAGCCAGCCUCAGCCUUCAGGUUUGUUGAAACAUUGCAGCAUAGCAUACUAUAGCCGCAUGAUCUUAACUUCUAAAGUCUUACAUUACAUGCAGGUAUCCAUGCUUGCUCUGUGCUCACAGAAAAUCCUACUGUGUCUAGAGAUUUGGAUAUGACUACAACAUUUGGUGAAGUUCCUAAAGACAGAGAGAAUGAUUGUACAUGUAGUAAGGAUUCCAGUAACUCAACAGUGAUUGCUGUGUCAGCAGUAUCCCUUCUACUGGUUGUCACUCUUGCCACAGUCAUCCUUACUCAAUGUCUACUCAUCAUCAGAAUGAGGAGGUCUGAUGCCUAUACUGAGCCUACUAACCAUACCACUUCGUCCGCCACAACUGAUAUUCCUGUAUCACCUAAUGAUGCAUAUGCACCUACAACGACAACUGAAGACGUCACUUAUGAAUGUAUUUAUUAAUUUGAGAGAGUUACAACUUCAAGACAUGCU